GCCUAGUAGUGUUGCAUCAGGGGAGAGGAUGGAGAAGCACACGAUCCGGAUUGCUGCGCUGACCCUGUUAUCUGUACACCUCCUAUGCUCCGCCACCAUAGCGCAAUGCCAAACCAUCGCGGCUGGCGUGGACAACGGCGAUAUCAAUGAAAUAAUUUGUUGCCGUAAAAAGUGCAACUUCUUUAAUUGUUGUGCCUGUUGUAUUUAUACUGACUGGUGCUACUCAAGUUUCGAGAGGUGCAAUAGAAACUGCUUGGUCACCUUCUCGCAUUCUGAUGAAAUGCUAGCCGCGACCAAGGUGACCCCUGAAACUGUGCUGACCAGGUCUGCAGUACGCACGGACAGCUUAAUGAGAGGUGUCAUCCCAGAAGAGUUCGGCGAUUGUCAUGUGUAGUAUAGCAUCGUUGCGGUGACCCCUGCUACUUUACCUGCCUAGCCGAAUUUAUUUACUUGUCCCUUAAGGCAUAUGUAAUGCGUGAUGUGUGGAGAAAUAAGUUUGCAAUAUCCUA